AUGUUUACCGAAAUAGAGGAAACUGUUAGAUUCUUAUCCUCUUUCAUGUAUGGCAAAAUUCCGAGGAGGUAGGUUUGGGUAAAUUUUAGGAAAUUAUAAUCACAAAAAUACAUACCUGGGUUUAUUCGUCAGUCUUGAUAUCAAACAGCUUUGUUGGCAACUUUGGAGGUUUUCUGAAAAAAUAAGUUCUAUUUUAAUACAUUGAGCAAUAAAACAUCAUGAAAAAUUUACGAAAAUCAAAUAUAAAAAUUUCGAUACUGAAAAAAAUAGUAUCGGAAUAUUGUUUCGCGGAUCUAGUACUCAGGAAAUCGAAAGCGUGUUACGCCGCGUUUAGGGGCUUUUAGCAUUCACGCGGCGCACAGAACUCGCGAAAUAAGCGAUAUUUCCUGAGUAAUUAUCGCCAAAAAAGUCUCGCAGUGGGAAAAUGUUCAGAGAAUUGUCAGACAAUAUGAGAGACAAAAAGAUAUUGAUAUCCCGCGUGAUCUACAUAAUUUAAUUUUGCGGGCCUAGGAUUUAUUAAUUUAAAAAAUAAGUCUGAUUUUUGAGAAUACAUUUUUGAACUUUCAUUGUGUGCAGCAAAUAUUUUUUCGAAAGAAAGUAUACUACCAAAAGCGAAAUCAAAAAACAUGGAUUUUCAGAUCUGAUCUAUUUUCUCUAAAUCUGCUCACUUUAGGCAGCCUUGGAAAAACGAGUAUCAUGACGAAAACGGGCGGAAACUCGAAAAAAUGUGAUUUUGCCUUAUUAUACGGUAGCAUGUUGCACACAUGACAUUUUAUUUGACGCGCAUUUUUUCUAAAAAUAUUUUUCUAGCUCGCGCUUGUUUGUGAAGCGCCUUCCAGGUUUUCAAACUAAUUGAAUUUCAAUUUUUUCAGUCGUGUAAAAUCGUUCUGUUCUCAUCUCACAAAUCUAUUGAGCGAAAUACUCAUCGAUAAAAAAUGUCUGGAUCGUUACGACUUGAUUGUGUUUGCCGAUGGUCGAUCAGAUGAUGCAAUUGUUCAGGCAGCAAGAAGAGCUUAUGUCCAUCUGGAAGAACUACAAGAAUGUAUGAAUAAUGGAUUGAUCAUGGAAAUUAUGACGGGAAGAGUUCGAGCAUUGACCCCAUUUUCGGCUCAGAUGAUUUAUCCAAAAACCAAUGCGAUUGAUUUAUAA